ACACGGCAACUUGAAUGGGUCUCCAGGGAAUACUGAGUGGAAAAAAGCCCACCUCUAAAGGUUACAAACUGUAUGAUUACAUUUAUGUAACAUUCUUCACAUGAUGAAAUUAUAGCAAUGGAGAAAAGAUCAGUGGUUGGGGGUGGGGAGAGUGGAGGUGGCUGUGAAUGAUUCUGCAAUAGGAACUCUCUGAAUCUUGGCAGUGUCACAGAUGUCUCUCUCUGUCUCAAUCUCCCUCUCGCUGUGUGUGUGUGUGUGUGUGUGUGUGUGCGAAAACUGCACAGAACUAAAUCCACAAAAAUGAAUGCAUAGAAAACUUACAAAAUUUGAAUAUAGCUAUGAUUUGCGUCAGUGUCAGUUUCCUGAGUGUGAUCUUGUACUGUAGUUUCCAGUAAACACGGCUCUACUUGGUUACCUCCCCUCGCCUUUCUCCAGCAGGUGUGAGCAGAUGGCAUGGGCUGCACUCCCAGGGCAGCUGCCCCAGUCGGCCUCACCACGGCUACCCCUCCGCUGUUACACACCAGUGAGGUCUGUUCCCUCACUGCGAUCGGAGGGACAGGUGAAGCACAGGGCCACUUGCCCGCCAGCCCAAGGCUCAAAAGUGCUGGGAAACUUGGAAAGGUGAAGUCGGAGCGACAGGCGGAGACAAGCUAAGGAAGGUCAAGAGGAGCAGGAGUCCAGUGUGGACGUCCACUGGCCGCGAUUCCUGGAAAGACCUUGCUUCCAAAAGGGUUUGCCCACUUCCUCUGCGUGGGGACAUGAGACCGAAUGUGCUUUUGGGGUCACGAGAAGCGAGGAGAGUAGGGGGGAGAAAUGCAGUCCUCCGCAGGUGACAGCCCGGGUCUCUGCUCUGAGCGGCCCUUGGUGCUCCAGGGACUUGGGGCGGCGGCACGGGCAUCAGCCGGGGCUUUUUCUAGAGGAGGGGGUGGGGAUGCUGAGUCACAGAUCUGCUGCUUCUCACCUCUCCCCAGCCCUCCGGGGGCUAAAGCAAAAGCGAAAGCGAAUCUACGCUAGGCGGCUAGUCCAGGGAGCUUCGCCGGUCACCUCCUCGGGGACCGUCGGGCUUCUGCACACGCUGGAGGCAAGGCGUCCCCGCCAGUGCGAGGAGAUGGUGGUCGAGGGUAAAGCCAUGGCCCGCCUGCGGCUCCGGCACUGCUGGCUCAGCGACCUCCCCACGCUGCUGCUGCUGCUGCUGCUCCGGCCGCCUGCGACGCUGGGUGCCACAUGCUCUACCCCCACAUAUGUUGAACAUGCAAACAUCCAGGUCAAAAGUUACAAUGAGAACUCCAGGGAGCGGUAUACUUGUAACUUUGGUUUCAAGCGUAAAGCUGGGACGUCCAGCCUAACUAAGUGCCUGCGUAACGAAGAUACAAACAUUACCCAGUGGACAAUUCCCAGUCUCAAGUGCAUCAAGCCAGCUUUCACUUUCAAGUCAGACACCACAACGGCCACAAAGCCAGGUACUACACCCCACUCCAGGCUGAUGACACCAAAUCCUCCUGCAGAAACCACAGAGGUCACUGGGAAUGAGCCCUCCCAAGACCAAUCUCAAACAACAGCAAAGGCCUUGGAACACACUGUCUCUGCCUCUCUGGAGAAGCCAGGUGCACAUGCAUACAAUUCCACAGCUGUCUCUGUGGCAGUAUCCAUACCUGUCCUUGUGAUUUGUGGAGUGUGUGUGGCAUUUCUUCUAGUACGUUACUGCAAAAAAUCAAGGCAAAAUUCCUGGACACCCAGCGUUCAAAUGGAAAAUAUGGAAGAUAGACCAAUGACUGGGGGAACCGACGGCAGAGAGGAGGACACAGAAAACCACCACAUAGCCUAGGAAACUCCAGGGGCCAGUGGGGCCAGCGGGGCCAGCGAGGGCUUGAGUGAAGGCACCAGUUUUGCUCUGGCCAGAGGGAACCUAGAAAAGACUCAAGAGGUUGGGUGCCAAGGAAAGCUGCUGGGAUGCUAAAAUGAUCGGGUAUUAUUUUAUCAACUGUGCCUACCCUAGACACUGCCUGGAUGAGUAGGUUCUCCAGUAGCACAAAAACCACAUGCCUGGCCCUGCUUAAGAUAUAGGGCCGAGUUACCAAAGUCCCAGCUUGAAGGCCUCAGGUCUUCCUAUCAGGGCUUUUAUUCAUUAUGAUAUUUACUCAGGAUAGCUUAUCAGCUUCACUAUUUCUUCUGUCCCUCCUCUUGGCUUGCACUUUACAAAGAAAAGAAAUAUACCUGAGGCUCUAAGUGAACUUAGUAGGCUCCUCUGGCAGGGAAAAAUCUAUAAGGAUGGCAUUAGGUUUUCAGCUCCUAAAACUUUCUCCUGUUAGGUGCUCUGCAUUUACUGAAAGGGAGGAAAGAGAUAUUGUGCCCAGUGAAUCCUCCUGAUUUAAGGAUUCAGGAAGAAAAUUGAACUCAGUGACAUUUUCCGUAUAUAUACAUUUAUAUUUAUAUUCCCUUAUCUAUUAUAUCUACAUAUUAUAUGACCUCUAUUUUGAAAUUGUACCUUGUAUAAAAAUAAAAUGUCUAUUUUCAAUUAAAAAUGUA